UCAUCUCAGUAGCCUCGAUCACUUCUCACCUUGAUUUUACAUUCUCUUCUCAGUUAGAGCAUCUACUUCACCAACAAUCCUUCAAUCAACCUGCUUUCACUCAACACCAGCUUCACAUUAUCAACAUGCGCUACUCCUUGAACCUCAUUGCCCUCGCGGCUCUCGCGUCGGCCGCGCCCACCGCCACCGCGCCCAUGGACUUCGAUGCCAUCAUGGGUGCCGCUGCACCAACUCUGACUGGACCUCCUGCAUUUGCCACUGGCCAGACUGGCGUCUACGAUGUGGCUGCUGCAUCUUCCGCUGCCGCCGCCGCUGUCACCGGCGUCGCCUCUGCCAGUGCCUCUCAGUCUGUUGCCGCUCGUGGCCUCGACAAGCGCACGGUCUGCUUUUUUGGCUUCUGCUGGGGAUCUUCCUCCACCACUUCGUCCGCUAAGACUACUUCCAUCUGCACAACUUCAACUACCCCCGCUGCCGUCAUCACUCCCAAGACUACAGCUGCUGUCACGACUUCGGCCGUGACCACCACGUCUGCCCCUACCAUCACCACUGCUCCUAUAGCUCCUUCGACCUGCACCCCGGUCAGCUGGACUAACACCAACGCGUUCACCACCGCUUCUGCUUGCUCUGCGCCUUUCGAGGUUGGCACUUACUGCGGUUUCAUCAACCCUGAGGACCCUUGCGCUGUCCAGCCCGAUGGAUACGGCACCCAGGUUCAGCCCGACACCGUCGACGCUUUCCAGUCCUACGCUCAGUUCCACAAGGAGGCUCAGUCAGCCGCCAACCCUUCAGGAUACGCUAACACCUUCAAGGACUUGAGCGCUGCUGUCAACGCCAACAGCUACCUCGGUCUUUACACUCUCAAGAGCUACGACGUCGCCGCCUGCGCCGCCAAGUGUGACGCUACCAACCUGUGCACGGGUAUCAACAUCUACGUUGAGCGUGAUCCUUCUAUCAACCCCUCCGGCUGCUCUUGCACCAACCCUGCUUCCAUCACCAACUACAAGUGCACUCUCUGGGGAUCCGGCGUCGACAAGGCUGCUGCCACCAACACUGGCGGAACUCGUGACGGCUUCCAGGUCGUGAUCACCGGCUCCAACGGUUACGAGAAGACCAACACCACCACCCCCACUAGCCCCUCCGGCUGGACCAACCCCCAGGGCUGCGGCGGUGUCGUCCACUCCCACCCCAGCACCUGCAUGGGACAGAAGUUCUUCCCCGGUCCCUUCGAUGCCAGCCUCUGCGCUACCUACGCUUCUGCCCAGAACGCCCAGAACUCCAAAUCCGUUGGCCUCAGCACCUGGGCCAGCUUCCUCGGCUACAGCCCUCUGAAGUGCAACUUCUUCAACGCCUUCAUGGUCAAGCAGAACGGUAUUGCCAAGGGUACCUACUGCAGUCUCUUCACCCAGCAGUACAACCCUUCGGCUGCUUCCUACACUCCUUCUUUCUCCUCUGGAUUCUCGUGGAGCAUUGAGAGCUCCUGGUCCUUCUGCUCCAAAUAAGCGAAGUCUUCGAUGAUUCGAUCGAUCCAUUUCUUCUUCACUCGUUAAUAUCUAGAGUAUGGUGUUUGUUACAGGCUUUGCAUAGUUCGACUUUUUGGUCACUUCAUUCGUUGAUACUGUACAUUUAAAGGUCAUGGUAACUAGAGCGGAGGAUUUCUACUACAUCUUAACUUAAUCCAAUUUUUGCUUGCACAAUCGUCUUCAAUUUUUAAUGUGUUUUUGAAUCUGUCUCAGAAU